AUGAAUAUUUUCUAUCAAGUUCAAGAGCCGUCAUUGCUAUCUAGUAUGGAAUCAGAUACAUCACCGACACGAUGCAUCAAAGGAAGACAUUCAUCAAUCAUUUCAUUUUCGGAAAAGCCAAAAUCAAUCAUUUGUCCAACGUGCGGGCUUGCGACUGAAAUGACAAUACACGGCGUUUAUCGUUUGCCACAAAAUAUUUUAAUAGCAAGGAAAAUUCGUGAAGCAACGGGAAAUAGUUUUGAUCGGUUGAGUAAUUCAUGUCAACUAUGUCCGUUUAGUGUUGAUUCCACCACGUCAUGCACCACUUGCGCACUCAAUUUGUGUAAUAAUUGUAAAGCUGUUCAUAAGCGUCACACUUCAAAUCAUGAAUUCAAAAGUUUAGAAAAGAAAUCGAAGAAAUUCUUUGAAAAAUCAUCUCCAAAAUGUUCGUCGUCAUCAUCCAUCAAGUGUCUGAUUCACUCCAACAAUGUUUUGAAGCUAUUUUGCACGACAUGCUGUGCACUCAUUUGUUCCGAAUGUACAAUUCUAAUUCAUCGAGGACAUAAAAUGACUUCAGUGUCAAAAGCAGCAAAAAUCUACAUUGAAACUUUGAAAGAGGCGAAAGACAAUACGAAACCGCUGUCGAUUUAUGCAAUUCAUUCAAUUUCUAAGCUUAAUGAAAUUUCAAAGAAAAUAAAUCUGAAAUGUGACGUUGUUGAGGAUGAAGUUAUGAUGUUUAUUUCAGAAUAUUUUGAAGCGCUAGAAGUUCACAAACAAACAUUAUUGCAUCAGAUUGCACGAUGUCGUGAAACAAAGAUGGAUAUAAUCAAGUGUCAGCAAAUAGAUUUAGAAAGGAGAUCGAAUGAAGCAAAAACUGCCAUCGAUUUUACUGAAACUUUAUUGAAUGAAGGAACUGAUGAAGAGAACUUAAUGUUUUUAAAUUUAUUGUUGAGGAAGUUCGACAGUUGUCGGUCAUCAGACAAAACAUUGGACAUUAAAAUCACUGACUCACUCCAAUUCCUUCCUGAAGUUAAAGCACCAUCGAAUCAAGCGCAGAAAAAUAUUCCACUGUAUGGAAUAAUCACAACACAAGUUGCUGUUGCACGCAAUUGCACUCUCGAUGUCAUAUCUGGUUUAAUGAAUCUUAGAGUUCAUAAGAAAGCUGAACUUAUUCUACUCACUCGAGAUGUUGAAGAACGCGCUAUGUGUCAUGGAUCAGCAAACGUUGAAGUUAAAGCAACUUACCGAGACAUCCCUUCAAAAGACGUUCCAGUUCAAGUAACUGACAAACGUGAUGGAACUUACACAAUUUGCUUCAUCCCAGACAUUCCAGGUUUCAUAAAAAUUUCUAUUAUGGUGAAUGGAAAGUCUAUUCUAGACAGUCCGUUUACAGUUCGUGCCAGGAAUCUUCGACCUCAUAUUGGAAUCUUCCAUUGUUGUUCGUUCUGCUCGAGUAACGGUAAAAAGAUUUGUGCAUGUGGAGCUGAGAUGGAAAUUGAAGGAUAUAAAGGCUGUGGCCAUGGACAUCAUGGUUGGCCUGGACGAAGACAUUGGAGCUGUUGUGGAAGUCUCUUAGAAAACUCAGAAUGUUCUGUUGCUAAUGCAAUCAAAUAUAAUAAAUUUUGUCGUUCACUGCAAUCGCAUUGUCAGCAAAAUCAAUAUAAAUCGAAAAGAUCAGAUAUGAAAGUGGCGACGAGGAUCGAGGACGAAUCCAUGCAA